AUGGCUAGUCGCGACAUGGAUAUCCUUGUUGUGGGUGCUUCUGGGUUUACUGGGGCUCAUGUGUGCAAGCGGCUGGCUCGCAGCGUCGCGGAUGGGAGCUGGGCGGGGGUGUCUUGGGGAAUCGCCGGACGAUCCAGGACUAAGCUGGAAGAUAAGGUGCUAGCUCCCCUGCGCGCCGAGGGACUGGCCGUACCCGGCGAGGAGAGCAUCACCGUCGUCGACAACUCGGACGCGGCGGCGCUCAGGAAGGCCGUGGGCCGCGCGCGUCUCUGCCUUAACUGCACGGGCCCCUACCGUUUCCUGGGGGAGUCUGUUGUCAGCGCCUGCGUGGACUCCGGGACGGACUACAUCGACCUGUGCGGAGAGCCGGAGUUCAUGCAGCGGAUGACCCUCAAGUUCCAUGAGGCGGCGGAGGCCAAGGGCGUUCUCAUCAUGCACGCCUGCGCGUUCGAUUCCGUCCCCGCGGACCUCGGGUGCCUGUUCGCCGCCAAGCAGUUCGUGAGCCCUGCCGUGUGCUCCUCUGUGUCCUCUUUCGUCACCCUCAAUGUCGGGCCGUCUGGGUACUCCGGCCACGCCACGACAUUCGAGGCGGCCGUGCACGGGUUCGGUUCCGCCGCAGAUCUGAGGAAGGUUCGGAAGGAGGUGCAGGCCAAGUUUCCUCCCUCGCAGAUUCCGCGUGUGGGUGCCCGCCCGGUGGAGAGAGGCGGCCCCUUCUACGAGCAGACGCCGGGGAUAGAGGCGUACUGCUUCAAGUUCCCGGGGGCAGACUCAGCGGUCGUGAGGUCCACACAGAACUCCCUGGCCGGCAGAGGGGAGGGGGCUGGACUGUGCCCGCACUACUCAGCAUACUUCACGGCCGGACAGUUGUGGGGGGCCACGCAGAUGACACUCUUCGGAGGGGUGUUUCAGACGCUCGCAAAGAGCGGGUGGGGCAGGAACCUGCUCCUGAACAACGUCGGGGCGUUCAGCAGGGGACUCUUCUCGCAUGAGGGGCCCACCGAAGACCAGAUGAACGAGACGUCCUUCGAGAUGACCUUCUUGGCCAAGGGGUACUCUACGCCCCCGACUGCUGCGGAGCCCCCCGCCACGCCCGCCGCCGGCGCCGACCCCGGCGAGGUAGAAGCUGCCGCGGCGGCGCCGGCCCCAGCGCCGCCCACGGUAGAACCAGACGUGACCGUGGUUACCAGGGUGAAGGGCCCAGAACCAGGGUACGUGGCAACCCCGAUCAUUUUUUUGGCCGUGGCCCGGUGUCUUCUGGAAGAGAGAUCGUCGUUGCCAGUCAGCGGGGGAGUCCAUACCCCGGGCUCUGUGUUGGUGAGCUCCUCCCUUGUGGACCGGCUGGGGAAAGACGGUGUUACCUUCGAGGUAGUGGGCUAGGGUAUGUAAAAGCGAAGUGGCACUCAGUGGUAGGGCGCGGAAAACGUUCGUCCGUCGGGUGGUGCUGCACGCCGCGGCCGUACAUUUUUUUCGCGUUGCUUGCUGUAGGCGCGCAUUCUCUACGUGAGAGCCGGGCGGGGUGUACAGUAGUAGUGUUGUGACUGGUGUUGGGUUCUUCUACGUAGAGCUGAGGGAAGAAAACGCUAUUACUUCGUCACGUUCAUCCAACGUGGGGGGGGGGGUCAGGCCAAAUGGGGGUUUGUGAACGCCCUGGCCAUUGCUGAACAUCGGCAAAAACGCGCAAGAGGGCUCCGCGUUCAAAGGUCUUGUGGGAGGCAGGCGUUCGUAUUGGUUGAUAAUCCCACUUCUGUUCGUUAUGUUGUUCCAAGAGAGAUAGUGGACAGCGGGCGCGUAACGUUCUUCGUGAUGAGGGCAGCGGUAGAGGUAUUCCAAUCCCUGACGCACGUACGUGGGAGCAAAGGGUCUCGAAGUUAAGACCGGUGUUGUUGCCUUUACAUAGGAUGAGUACUAAGAGGGUCAGUCUUGAGCUUUUAGCUGGAGGCGGGCCGGCCGUAAAGAACCACCAGCCAAGGGUUUAGUCGCUGUUAAGCACGGGAAAGAUUAAGCUUGUCGUGUCUACCCUUGCGGGGGGGUUUCAGAGUUGGGCGAUCAUGUACACCCCAGAGCUGGCAUCGAAAGCAAGAGCAACGCGGCCCAGUAUGCAUACAACAGCAUGGACGUGUUGUCGUGUUGUGUUGUACUUGGAGGUGGAGAACGGCACAGGCAUGCCCCAGGUUUC